UCAUGACAGAACCUUGAAAGCCUCGCUGGAAUCCCAAACGAACCAUGGCCGUGCCUCGCUCUCGGGACAUUGUCUUGUCCCGCCGACGAAUCGAGACACUCAUUGCGGCAGGCCGCAAGAUUGUCAUUGUGGAUGGUUCUGUCUUGAAGGUGGAUGCAUGGAUACCGUACCACCCCGGAGGUGACAAGGCCAUACUGCAUAUGGUUGGACGGGACGCUACGAACGAGAUCAAAGCGUUUCAUUCCUUGGAGACGCAAGAUCUCAUGAAGAGAUACUGCAUCGGAAGAAUCAAUGGCAUAUGGAAGGACUUUGUGCCACCGAUUCAAGGUGGAAAGUUCGCAGAAGAAGAGCAAAGAGAAGGCGUAAGAGAACUUAGCGAGGACAACUCUUCUGGCGCGAGCAGUCCCGAGCCCUCGCCCAUAUUCGAGCGAGCGGAAUACCACACGACCGCUCGCAGGCGCCGGACAAGCGACUCUGCUGGAAGCGAGUCUUCGGCGACCUCUUUCGAGACACUGGCUGUCGAGGAGACCACCAAGCCUAAGCGGACCCUCACUGCUGGAGAUCGCAAGACGCAGGAAGAGCUCGAACGCGAUCUCAGCAUAUUCCCGAGCUUAGACGCGGAUACUCAGAACACCAUCGUGAACAAGUACAAGCUAUUGGACCAGCGACUACGCGCCGAGGGGCUUUACAAUUGCAACUACCGCGCGUACGCCAUAGAGGCAGUACGAUACCUGACGUUGGGUGCUCUGUCAUUCUGCUUCCUCCGAUCAGGCUGGUAUGCCUUGUCUGCCGUCUUUCUUGGAAUGCUGUGGCACCAGCUUGUCUUCACCGUCCAUGAUGCUGGACACAUGGGCAUCACACACAGCUUUCAAGUCGACAGCUGCAUUGGGAUUUUCAUCGCCAACUUCCUCGGCGGCCUGUCCUGCUGCUGGUGGAAGCGAAACCACAAUGUUCACCACAUUGUCACCAACUCCGCCGAGCACGAUCCAGACAUUCAGCACAUGCCCUUCUUUGCCAUAUCACAUCGUUUCUUGUCCUCUCUCUAUUCAACAUACUACGAUCGUCCGAUGCCUCUCGACCGAUUCGCUCGGAAAGCCCUCCAAUACCAGCACUACCUCUACUAUCCAAUCUUGGCGUUCGGUCGCUUCAACCUUUACGUCCUCUCGUGGCAACACAUUUUCCUCGGCGAAGGGUCGCGAAAAGGUCCUUCAUGGUGGCAUCGGUACCUGGAAAUGGCUGGGCAAGCAUUCUUCUGGUUCUGGUUCGGCUACCUCGUGGUCUAUCGCAGCAUUCCAACUGCAGGCGCCAGAAUCAUGUUUGUUCUCAUCUCACACGCCACAACGAUGCCAGUGCACUUGCAAAUCACGCUUUCGCAUUUCGCCAUGUCGACAGCUGAUCUCGGCGUAGCGGAAUCAUUCCCUCAGCGAAUGCUUCGCACGACUAUGGAUGUCGAUUGUCCUGCUUGGUUAGACUUCAUCCAUGGCGGCCUGCAAUUUCAGGCAGUGCACCACUUGUUUCCUCGAAUGCCAAGACACAAUUUACGGCAAGCGCAGCCACUCGUGAAAGAGUUCUGCGAGGAGGUCGAGAUCCCAUAUGCGAUAUAUGGCUUCAGAGAGGGCAAUGGAAAGGUCAUCAGCAGAUUGGAGGAAGUUGCUCAGCAGGUCAGAGUGCUUGCAGAGUGUGCAGGCAGUAUGGGUGUGGCUGACGCCGUGGGCGCUCACUAG